AUGUCGCAGGAACGCGCGGUCGCGGCGAGCGCCGUCCGGCUGGAAGAGUUAAGUAGCUGGUCGCAGGAGCUAUGCCGCCGGGAACUGCCGUCUGUCCUGCCCCGGCUCCUUUCUAUGUAUCAGCAUUCUGACAAUUGGAUCGAGCAUAUUCAAAUUCUAAAAAUUAUCGUGGAAAUGUUUUUACCUCAUAUGAACCACCUGACAUUGGAACAGACUUUCUUCUCACAAGUGUUGCCAAAGACUGUGAAAUUAUUUGAUGACAUGAUGUACGAGUUAACCAGUCAAGCCAGAGGACUGUCAAGCCAUAAUUUAGAAAUCCAGACCACGCUGAGGAAUAUUUUACAAACAAUGGUGCAGCUCUUAGCAGCUCUUACAGGAUGUGUUCAGCAUAUCUGUGCCACACAGGAGUCCAUCAUUCUAGAAAAUAUUCAUAGUCUUCCUUCCACAGUCCUACAUGUAAUCAAAAGUACAUUUGUACAUUGUAAGGAUAGCGAAUCUGUCUAUUCUGGGCAUUUACACCUAGUUUCAGACCUUCUCCAGGCUCUUUUCAAGGAGGCCUAUUCUCUUCAAAAGCAGCUAAUGGAACUACUGGAUAUGGUUUGCAUGGACCCUUUAUUAGAUGACAAUGAUGAUAUUUUGAAUAUGGUGAUAGUUAUUCAUUCAUUGUUGGAUAUCUGCUCUGUUAUUUCCAGCAUGGACCAUGCAUUUCAUGCUAAUACUUGGAAAUUUAUAAUUAAGCAGAGCCUUAAGCACCAGUCGGUUAUAAAGAGUCAGCUGAAACACAAAGAUAUAAUUACCCGCUUGUGUGAAGACAUUCUUUUCUCCUUCCAUUCAUGCUUACAGUUAGCUGAGCAGAUGACGCAGUCAGAUGCACAGGAUAAUGCUGACUAUAGAUUAUUUCAGAAAACACUCAAAUUGUGUCGCUUCUUUGCCAACUCCCUUUUGCACUAUACUAAGGAAUUUCUUCCUUUACUCUCUGAUUCUUGCUGCACAUUGCACCAGCUUUAUCUUCAGAUACACAGCAAGUUUCCUCCAAGCCUAUAUGCUGCCAGGAUUUCUAAAGCACAACAGGAGGAAAUAGCAGGGACUUUCCUAGUUACACUGGAUCCGCUCAUCAGUCAGCUUCUCACAUGUCAACCUUUCGUGCAGGUGGUUUUGGAUAGUAAGUUAGAGCUGCCAUGUGAACUGCAGUUCCCACAGUGUCUUCUGCUGGUUGUCAUCAUGGACAAGCUGCCCUCUCAGCCCGAGGAUGUGCAGGCCCUGUGGUGCACAGAACGCCAGCUCCUGGAAGCGAAAACCAGGGUAUCUCUAUUUAAAGCCAUUUUCUACAGUUUUGAGCAGUGUUCUGGUGAACUCUCUCUCCCUGUUCACCUACAAGGAGUAAAGAGUAAAGGGCAAGCGGAGGUUGCUGUCACCUUGUAUCAGCAUGUUUGUGUUCAUCUGUGCACAUUUGUCGCUUCCUUUCAUCCCUCACUGUUUCCUGAGCUGGAUGUUGCUCUGUUGAAUGCUGUGCUUAGUGCUAAUCUGAUCACCUCUUUGUUAGCUAUGGAUACAUGGUGCUUCCUUUCACGGUAUGGGACUGCUGAACUCUGUGCACACCAUGUCACCAUAGUGGCUCAUCUGAUAAAAUCUUGUCCUGGAGAAUGUUACCAGCUCACCAACCUAUCGAUACUAUUCAGGCGGCUCUUUUUCUUCAUGGCCCCACCCCAGCAGGUGGAGUUUAUCCAGAAAUUUUCCCCCAGAGAAGCAGAAAAUCUGUCUCUGUGGCAAUAUAUUUCCUUCCAGGCAUUACCUGCCGAGCUUAGGAAACAAGCCGCACAAGAGGUCGUCGGAGUAGGCAUUGCACGGUGUACGGAGUGGCUAAGCAAUAGUCGUACUUUGGGAGAGCUUGACUCUCUGAACACACAGCUUUCUGCUUUGCUUGCUGUGUGUAAUUCUGCUAGUGAAGCUUUGGAUAUUGCACAGCAGACUGCAAUUCUGGAAAUCGGGAGUCAGCUUUGGGCAUUUUUAAACACUACGCUGGUAACAGGUCAACCUUAUGUUCGACAGACACUUAGCCUUUUACUUUCACUGUUGGGAUUUUUCAUUCAAACUCUAGAUCCUCCUCUGAUAAGUCAGGUAGUAACUUUGCAGACCUCACUGCUUAAAUUAGAGCCUCCUGACCAUGUUUGUUUGGCAGUGCUUGAUUUUGUAUCUUCUCUGGGAAAUUUUUUUAUACCUCAAGCUAUCCAGGACAAAAUUCUGCCCAACCUAUCUUCUAUUUUUGCCUUACUGUUAGCUGACAGGAACUGGAUCCUAGAACAACAUACGUUAGAGGCGUUUACUCAGUUUGCCCAGGGAACAAAUCAUGAAGAGAUAGUCCCACAGUGUCUCAGUUCCGAAGAAACCAAGAACAAAGUUGUAUCCUUUCUGGAGAAGACUGGGUUUGUAGAUGAAACCACGGCUGCCAGGGUGGAACGUGUGAAACAGGAAAAAGCCAUUUUCUGGGAACGCUUUGCUAACGUCGCUGUAGAAGAAGCAAAGCGGUCAUCUUUACAGCCUUGCGCAAAAAGAGCCCGUCGUGAGCUCCCUGCGGAAGAAGAGUGCGGGUCAGCACUACAGGCGGCGUCCGUGGCCUUGGAGGCGGUGGAACUGUUACUCCAGAAGUCUCCUGCUCCAGACUGGCUUGUAGUGAAACUGGAGAUGCUCCAAGAAAGGAUGGAUAGGCUAAAACGACUUGUACUCUCAGGUGGCCCCUGA